AUGGACACACCACCAUAAAAUAAUUCUAAACAUAAUGUUGAUGAUGAUUUUAGACAUGAUCUUUGUCAAAGAAUAUAUACAAAAAAUGGAAGUAUUAUUUAUAAAUUAUUAACAGAAAUGACACAUAAUCAAAAUUAAUAAUCAAAAUAGCUUUCAGAAAAAGAUUAAUUAUAAAAACUAUUUGGUGAAUUAAAGGGAUAAUUAAAAUAUAUCGAAGAAACUAAUUGGAUGUUUGAAGGAUUGAAUAAUGCCAACGACAAUUUUUGA